CGUUUCCGGCAUCCGUGUUCUUCAAUGGCGGAUUAAUCUGUCACAAUUUCAUAAGAAAUAAUAUUGAGAGGAUGCUCUAGUGUGUCUAUGGUCUUUUCUAGCAGGGAUAAACGCGAUGUAAAACUUUCUUUUUAGUUCUGCCAAAAUUCACAGGUAAGAUUUAGGAAAUGUUUUAUACGAAAUGGUUUCGAAUCUUAUGAAAUUGCGCUUCCCUACUUGGGUUAAUUGGACGCUGAUAAAUAUUUAAUAACAUGUAUUUCCAACACAAAAACCUAUCAUUCGAUUACCAAAGCCUAUUUUUUCUGCAGGUUGCGGUAAACUCCGAGAAAAGGAUAGGGAUCAUGGCACUUUGUGAUAAAGGAAGUCCUAAAAAAAGGGAGAAAGACUCUGAAUCUCCUGAGAAGCGAUACAUGUCUGUUAUGAAAUUAAAUAAAUCUGGAACGAUAGAAUCCAGUAUAACGUUAUGGCAGUUUCUUUUGGAGCUUUUAGUGAAUGAAAAGUACAAUCAUUUAAUUAAAUGGACGAAUAAUGAAGGUGAAUUCAAACUAAUAAACGCUGAAGAAGUGGCCAAAUUGUGGGGUCUAAGAAAGAAUAAAAGUAAUAUGAACUACGAUAAACUGUCCAGAGCCCUUCGGUACUAUUACGAUAAAAAUAUAAUAAAGAAAGUACUAGGUCAGAAAUUCGUCUACAAGUUUGUUGCUUGUCCAGAUACUUCAAAAAAAGAUGAUAAUUCAGCUAGUUUAGUGAAUUUUCCGUAUUCGGAUUUUGCAAGAGUAUCUAAGAAAACAUCUCAGGUGUCUCCUGAACCUGCAGCGACAGCAUCAGCAGCAAUAGAUUACAGCAAUAAGGCGCCAGUGUCUCAAGAAAAUGAUAAAAGUAAAAUCAAGUCAGAGGAACGAGUACCAAUUAUGACGGUAAUCUCACCACCUUCAGAAGAUCAGUUAAAAGAUUCUGAAGUUUGUUGCGUGAAGAUAGAAUCACCCACACCACCUUCUAAUUCACCAUCUCCUCAACCUCUGGAUAAAUUGACAACUGUUUCAAAGCACAAGCCAAAUCCCAUUGACCUCGGUCCAACAAUCUUACAAUCAACUUUCUCUCAUACGAACAGCCCUCAUAUAGUUGUCUCACCAGUUCCUGGAGGAGUAGGGGCACGAGGUACACCAGUUGGAGGUCUUCAUUUUUGGAGUCAAAUGAGUUCCAUUCUAAGUCCUGCUGCCGGCAUUAGUCCGCACUUGAACAUUCAUAGUGGCGGAAAUGGUCUGAACACACCGUCGUUUCAGUUUCCUGCUACAUCAGGAAGCUUAGUAACGUCAGCUGCUGCAAGCCUAUCUGUAGACGCUUUGAAAACGCCAGUCGUACUCACGUCGCCGAAAUCUAGACAAGUACACUCGAAUUGA